CUGGAAAGUCCGAAGGAUGGCGAAGGGAAGAGCGCUGUCGGUCGACGACCUCACGCUGCAGAUCUCAGCGCUAUGCUUGCUCCUGAUGAUGUCGAUGGAUGCGAUCAACCCCGUGAAGGCGGUUUGCUCGUUUCUUGGCAUUGACCCGUACACGAUCGGGUGGCUCAAUCUGCUCGUGCUCCUCGGUGUGCUCUACUACAACCUCUCGGACGUGCUCUACUUUUGCAUCCGCAUCUUCCUCAACAGCGUGCUCUCGAUCUUCUUCAAGAGCAUUGAAAUCGUCGGGAAGGACAACAUCCCGAUGGACGGCCCCGUCAUUUUCACGGGCAACCACGCCAACCAGUUUGUCGAUGGCAUGAUUGUCAUGAUGAACUGCUACCGCAAGGUGGGGUUUCUUGUAGCGGAAAAGUCCAUGCACCGCCCGGUCAUUGGAGACUUUAGCCGUGCGAUGGGCUGCAUUCCCGUCGUGCGCCCGCAAGAUGCAGUCUUGAAGGGCCCGGGGAAGGCUUGCAUGCAAGCCUCGGAUGACGACUCAGAGUUUAUCCUCGUGGGCGAGAACACGACGUUCUUGACGUCGCUCGCGCGCGGCGACCAAGUCCGCUACGACGGCAAGACGGUCAUGGAGUCGGGCGAGCCCGUCAAGGUCGAGAAGGUCCUCGACGACACGCACGUUGUGCUUUCGGGUCACGUCAAGAACCACGACGGCGACGUCAUCUACGACUUUUCGGCGUACGGUAUCUUCAAAAAGGUCGACCAGUCGCACACGUUUGGCGAUGUGUACACGGCGCUCAAGCGCGGCAACUGCGUCGGCAUCUUCCCCGAAGGCGGCUCGCACGACCGCACCGACCUCCUUCCGCUCAAGGCCGGCGUCGCGCUCAUGGCGUUUGGCGUCAAGGACACGUACCACAUCAACGUGCCGGUGGUGCCCGUGGGCCUCAACUACUUUCGCGGUCACCGCUUCCGCGGCCGCGUCGUCAUUGAGUUUGGCGAGCCGAUCUCCGUCACGAACGACGACAUGGACGUAUACAAGACGGACAAGCGCACGGCGUGCAACGCAUUUCUGCACAAGGUGGAGGAAGGCAUGCGCAGCGUGAUUGUGACAGCGCCCGACUACACGGUGCUCCAGCUCAUCUACACGGCGCGCCGCUUGUACCAGCCGUCGGGCAUCAAGCUCUCGCCCAAGGAGACGCAGGACCUCAACCGCCGGUUUGCCGAAGCAUACAAGAUUCUGAGCGAGCUCCCGGACGCGCAAGACGAAAUGAACGCGCUCCGGGCCAAGCUCGAAGAGUACCGGAAGAGCCUGAGCCUCAUGGGCCUCACGGACCACCAGGUGCCGUACAUUGCGUGGUGGAGCAUCCACGAUGUGAUUUCGUCAGCGGUCUACGGCGUGUGCAUCUUUGCGCUCGCGUCGAUCCCGUCGUUUGUGCUCAAUGCGCCGGUGGGGCUCAUGGCCCGCCACGUCGCCCGCGCCGAGCAGACCAAGGCGCUGGCCGGCUCGACGGUCAAGAUUGCCGCCCGCGACGUUGUCUUGAGCAAGAAGAUUGCAUUUUCGAUCGUCGCCGUGCCCGUGCUAUGGAUCUCGUACAUGGUUCUGGCCAUGCUCUUCACCAACUGGAAGUGGUCGAGCAUCUUCCUGCUCACGGCGUCGUUCCCGCUCUUCUCGUACUUUGGCGUGCGCUCGGUCGAGGCCGGCAUCAUUGAGCUCAAGACGCUCCGCCCGCUCUUUUACCGGCUCCAGCCCAAGUACCGCAAGAUCCAAGACGAGCUGCCGCAGCGCCGCGCGCGCCUCCAGAUGGACGUGCGCCUCUUUGUGCGCAAGUACGCGCCGGUGCUUGGCCCGCUCGCGCAGUCGGCGCCGAUGGACUGGUCGGCGUACAUGCACUCGGUGGCCAAGACGGAAGACAAGACGACCUCGGAAGACGACAAGGAACGCCGCAACACGAUCACAAAGAAGCACGAUCUGAGCUUUCUCAAGCGCGAGAAGACGCCGUCGAUGAUCAACCUCCGGGCGAUGGAGUCGGAGGGCAAUGUCUCGGCACCGACGUCGCCAACGACGGCCGACGAGGAAGUCGACUCGCUCGACGACAAGAAGACGGUCUAGUGCGUACAUGUUGGCGCCGUAUUCUUAUAAUCUGCAUGUGAAUAUUGCUGUAGUCUACGAAAAUAGUUGUGGUUUGUCGCUGGCUAAUACGGUCGCUCG